GUACAAGAUGGCGGCCAACAUGGCUAUUCUUUUAGAAAGAAAAUUGUUUUUCCGAUUUCUCGGCGCCAAAAGGUAUUGAUUGACUCUCACUUCAAAUUUGUCUUUUCUUAUGUUAAAUCUUUUCUUUUUAUAUUACCUUUUUUCAUUUUAUCUUUCCAAGUAGGAAGCAAUUAGUUUGGAAUUUUGGUUCCAACUAUACUACUGGUGAGUUUUCUAAGUUUUGUAAAUAAUUCUGUAACGGUUACGUCUCAGUUUUUUAGCACUGUAGAGAUAAUUUUUUAUCAAAUAUCAAUUUUUUAUGUGUAAAAUACAUGGAUCUAACAGAGUUAAAAAAAUAAAAAAAAUAAAAAUAAAAAAAAUUUAACAACUAGUUCAGUAGUGUUCUUAGCUGCAAGGAUCUCUUAAUUUCGUAGGGUUUAAAAAUAUUAUUUUAAUAAAAAUUAAUUAAGAUAUUUAUAAACUUUACUUCAAGCGUUAUGAUAAUUUCAGUUAAAUUGAAAACAACCAGAAAUUUUGAUUUAAACUCAGAUUUCUAGCUUGAUGUGUAAUACUUUGUUUUAGAAACUACGUUAGAGGUUUUUUUCCAAUCUUGUUUCAAAAACUAACUUUCAGUGAGGAAAAUUCAUGUUUCUAAAGCGAUGGGUGAAUUAGUUAUAAAGAACUUGACGGUGAUUCAGUUGGCACAGCUUAAAGUUUUCAAAGGGAGGUCAGAGUCAUGAAUUUCUGUGCACCUUUUAUGAAGUGGUUUAUACUACUUCCUUUUCUAGCAUAUCGGUAGGAUCUGGUUCAGGAUGGUGUCUGGUUUAAAUUUCAGGCCAUAUUCAGGCUCUUGUCAGCCAGAAAUUUUCAUAUGGGUUGAGUCUACCAAACUGAUGUUUGUAUUUUGGCAAUCCUGAAUUAUAAGACUUUUGUGUCAUUGACUUAAAAAAAAUUGCUUUCCCAAGGGAGAGGGGGUUAUAGGCUCUUCAAAUUCCCCCCUCCCCCCUCAGUCACAUUCCUGAUAUUGGUGAGUUGAUCACUCUUUGGGUGUGUCUCCUCUUUAGGCCCGAGAGCAAUUAAGAAGGUUGUCAUUGCCAACAGAGGUGAGAUUGCCUGUCGUGUCAUGAAAACAGCCAAAAAAAUGGGGAUAAGAACAGUUGCUGUGUACAGUGAUGCAGAUGAAAAUUCCAUGCAUGUAGAUACAGUAAGUAAAUUAUAUUAAUUUUUACAAAAUUAUCCCAAAUGGUGGUCAAUGAUACGUAGCUUAAAGAAAUAUUCUAAAUCUGUGUUUUUAUAGGUCAUGCUGUAAGUUGAUUAUAAGAAAGAAGAGAAACUACCACUCUGUGAUGAUAAUUGAUGUUUUAGACAAAAGUUUUCAUGGCAAUUCUAUUUUGCUAAAUGCAUUGUUGAUCUAGAAAAAAUAUAUCACAAAUUUUACAAUGAUUUUCGAUGCAGAAAUAAGAACAAAGCAAAGUUCUCCACAACUUAUAAAUUAGAUAAAAGUGUAUUUUUAACUGUACUUUUUAAAUUUCUCAACUUUACUUUUAGGCUGAUGAGGCCUUUCACAUUGGGGCAGCUGCAUCUCGAGAAAGUUAUUUGAAAAUGGAGAAGAUCAUUGAAGUUGCCAUCAAAAGUGGAGCACAGGUAUAAAUCAAAACAGCUUAAUGCAGUUUGAUUUUGCUGGGAGUAUCUGUGGUUUAUUCCAGAGUCCAGGGCACCAGCAGUUAUGUCACUACAUAUGUCUUAGAUUUCUGGUAUUUAUGUUAACACCAGUCCUCUCUCUCUAAUUUAGGCCAUUCAUCCAGGCUAUGGCUUUUUAUCAGAGAAACCAGAAUUUGCUGAGCUUUGUGAGAAAGAAGGAGUAAUAUUUAUUGGACCACCAGCUUCAGCGAUCAGAGAUAUGGGUAUAAAGAGGUAACUAAGAAGAUUCACUAUAACCCUUUAACUCUCAUGAGUGACCAAGGCAGAAUUUCUCCUUACAGUAUAAUCAGUUGAUCCAAUACUAAAUUCUCGAACUAACAUUACAUGAAUUGCAUGGUUGCCAGUAAGGAAAGUUAAAAAUUUGAUCUGGGAUUUAAAGGGUUAAAAUUACUUGAAUUGCAAAUUAUUUCCUGCAAUCUUAGUCUGAUAUCUUGAAUUUUUUAUUACAGUACAUCAAAGGCCAUCAUGGCAAUGCUGGAGUGCCAAUCAUUGAAGGUUACCAUGGUGAUGACCAAUCAGAUGAGAGAUUGAGACAGGAGACAGAGAAAAUAGGGUAAAUUUUUUUUUGCCUUCAAUCAAGUGUGGUUCUUGACUAUUGUUCUCCUCAGUUCAUAUUCUUUGGCUCUCUUUUUUUAUCCAGAUAUCCUGUCAUGCUCAAGGCUGUCAGAGGUGGAGGAGGAAAGGUUUGUUUGCUUGGAAAAUAGCAAAAAAAUUUUUUCUCUUUUCAAUUGCAAGGGUCAAAAUUCCUCAUUAUCAUAGUCAGUUAGCCCAACUGCUUUGGAUUCAUUACAUUCUGAAGCUCUGAUCUUUUGAAACUUUUCCCAGGGGAUGAGAAUUGUAAUGAAGCCUGAAGAUUUUGAUGAUUCCCUUGAAUCAGCUAGAAGGGAAUCUUUGAAGUCCUUCAAUGAUGACAACAUGUUGGUGGAGAAGUUUGUAGACACUCCCAGGUAUCUGGUUGCACUUGAGUGGCACUUCUGCUGCAUAAGCCCUUUACACCCAAACAUCAAUAUGCAUAUUCUCCAUACUGAUCUUUGUACAUUUACUAAGGCGCCAACAAGAAGAAUUUGUUUAACCAUCAAGAGCGUCUUUAGUUGGUGAUCAUUUUUUUUAUUCUCAUGACUUUAAUGUGUGAUUCAGGGGUGAUAUUAUGAGGAGAAAUUAGAUGUUAAUCACUCUUUGAGGUCAAAGAGUCAAUUUAACUUUUGGAAAGGAAAUGCUGAAAAUUACAGGAACUUGACUCAUUCUUUGUUUUUACUGAUGCUGAAAAAAAAACUUUCCUCCACACUUCUCAAACUCAUUAAUAAUUCAUGCUUAGAAAAAAAAGGAAAUUACAACCAUGAAGGAGGUUUGGAUAUGUGAUCAUAAUUAUCAUAAAAUUUGGUUAACUUUUGCUUUGAUUUUCUCCAAAAAUUAUUAAUGGUUUGAGAAGCUAUAUCAAACAUUCAAAAGGGUGUUUCAUCUGAUAUCCAAACACCUUGAAGUUGGUUCAAAAAACUUGGCCACGCCUCAUUUUUUUAACCACUUCUCGGUGUUUGGAUAUAGGAAGAAACACUCUUCUUCGUGUUUGAUAUAUUACUCGAUUAACCUGCUCUUUUCAGACAUGUAGAAGUUCAAGUAUUUGCUGACACCUUUGGAAACACAGUGUACUUGUUUGAGAGGGACUGCAGUGUUCAAAGAAGACAUCAGAAAAUCAUUGAAGAGGCUCCUGCUCCAGGUGUAUCCUCUGAGGUGCGGCAGAAAAUUGGUGAGGCAGCUGUGAGGGCAGCAGAGGCAGUUGGUUAUGUUGGAGCAGGUAUUGAUGUUUACCAUGGUCAGAAACUCUUUCUCAAGCACACAGAAAUUUAUUCAGGAAACUUGUUUAUUGAAUCAGAAGGGACAGAUCGUCAUAUGAUCAAGGGUGACAGAUGCAAGAUCACAUUGAGAUUGCAAGAUUCAGAGCAAAACUACAGGUUUAUCUCUACAAGCCUAGAACUUUCAACUCUCAAAAGAGAACUACUGUGGGCCAGGAUGUAAGAUUUUGUCUUGUUACAGGUCUACUUUCAUUAAGAUUUUAAGACUUUAGGAAAGUUAUGUGAAGUAACCAAGGCUAUUAGGAAAAAAAAGAUUGCAAGAACUGUAAAAUUAUAGUAAAACAGUUAACCCUUUAACUCCCAUGAGUGACCAAGACAGAAUUUCUCCUUACAAUAUCAAUACAAUAUCAUGCAGAUAAGUGAUGAGAAUAAAGAAAAAUAUUAGUUAGGGGAUUAUCAGUUAAUCCAAUACCAAAUUCUCCAAACUAACAUCACUAGAACUAUGAGGCAGACAGUAAGGAGAAUUACUAAUGAGAUCUUGGGAGUUAAAGGGUUAAGCAUCUUUUUUUUUUUUGGAUUUGCUUUAAAGGUACUGUUGAGUUCAUUAUGGAUAAAGACCAAAAUUUCUACUUCAUGGAAAUGAACACACGUUUACAGGUAAAGAGAGUACUGUAGUAUCCAAGACGCAUCUCACAUAUGAAGCUGGUAAUGGUUUAACAUACUAUAGAGUUCUUGAUAACUCAGUAGUGGAGCUUGGAGCGCAAAACCCGAAGGUUCUCGAAAUCCGACCAAAUCCGACGAAAUCUGAAGCUUCGGCUCGCAGAAGAUAACUCAGAUUUUCUCGUCGCCUCAUUCAUCUUUGCAAACGAAUUACAUUCUACUUUACGUUGGGAAUUGUUGUUAUUUAGAAUAAGGUAGAAUGGAGUGGGUACGGUGCUGCGUUGGUGGGAGAGUAUAACAGGUAAUUUAGUCUUAUCAACUGAGCUGAUGACGUAAAUUGGUCAUCGUAAAGAGUUUUAAAGCUGACGUUUCAAGCGUUAGCCCUUCGUCAGAGCGAAUGACGAAGGGCUAACGCUUGAAACGUCAGCUUUUAAACUCUUUACGGUGGUCAAUUUACGCCAUAAACUCAGUUAAUAAUACUAAAUUACCGUGUUAAUGAGGUGGAGUAGACGAACAGAAUUCUUUUGUACCCAUCAGGUUGAGCAUCCUGUGUCAGAGAUGAUCACAGGGCAGGAUCUGGUCGAGUGGCAGCUGAGAGUCGCAGCAGGUGAAGCGUUACCUCUCACACAGGAGGAUAUCAAGCUAACGGGGCACUCAUUUGAGGCUAGAAUUUAUGCUGAAGAUCCUGAUAGGUAUGCUGUACUUUGUGCUGUUUCAGUUAUGUCAUCUCUAGUGGAGUUCAAAACCGAAUUUUGUUGUGAAAAAUAGUGCAACGAAGGCGAUGCCUUGCCUUCCAUAGAAGAGCUUUUUUACGAAGGGAUUAUUCGCGAAUUCUGACUGAUGUUCUGAUUGAUUGUUUGUAUGUUCGUUUUUUCGUUUAGUGAUUUUCUCCCAGGUGCAGGCCCUCUAUUGCAUCUUUCAACACCGCAACCAUCUGACACAAUCAGAGUCGAAACAGGAGUACGACAAGGUAUGUACACCACAUUGUGCAACUAAUACUACCUCUAAGUCUACUGGAUUAUGCGGGUCUAAACACUCUGAAAUGUGACUAGUCUUCUUCAGGGAAGUUGCCUGUACUAACCAGCUUAUGUCUAACGAGACUUCAGGCUGCCUAUUAAGGGCGAUUUUAGGCAGGAGAAUUCCAAACCGGCCUUUUUCUUAACUUGAACUAGUUCUUACCAUUAAGCAUAUGAGUCUUCAGUGCUUGAAAAAGUACGGACAUUUCCAGACCUCAAGAAAGGUAUUGAACUACGUUUAGAUUAGGUUCGAAAGACUGGAAAGGACUAUCGAGAUUUUGUCAAGUAAGAGCGUAAUUGUCGGGUCAGAUCCAAAAACGGACCUCAUUAAAAGUUUGAAAAUUGAAAUAAGGCUUGAAAGACUGAAAAGGACUAUUGAGAUUUUUCUAACUUUUCGAUUUUAAGCUCUGUGUUCGGAUAAUGUGCUUGUCUUCUGAUGUGUUCGUGUGUAACUCAUUCUUUGUUUGCAGGUGAUGCAGUAUCAGUGCAUUAUGAUCCAAUGAUAGCAAAACUUGUAGUUUGGUCAGAAAGCAGAGACCAAGCACUGAGUUUGUUGAAAGAGUCUCUGCAGAAGUAUCAUGUAUGUAUCAGUUUUCUUUCCGUACUUUACAAGGCCUCUUCUCCUCAGUAAGCGGCCGAGCAACUCACGCCUUACUUUGGUUUAUGAUUUCACGAAUCGUGCUCGCCUUUUUGCAUAUUCACACGCCUUAUACUAAUUUUGGCCUUAAAUUCUUAACCCCUAAGAGUGACUAAAAUCUAAUUUCUCCUUAAAACAUCACCCCUGAAUGAAAGAUUAAGGUCAUGAGAGUAAAGGAGAUUAUCACUAACUAAAGAAGCUCUUGAUGGCUGAACAAAUUCUCCUCGUCACCACCUUAGAAAAUGUAAAGGGAGCAGUGAGGAGAAUAUGCAUACUGAUGUUAGGGAGUAAAGGGUUGAUCACGUGUCAUGUAUAAACCUUUAACCACCUUCUGAAAUCAUACUAACUUUGUGAUUUAAAAAUCACGCUCGCGCGAAUGAUUUGAAAUUACGCGAAUGAUUUUUGAGCAAAUUGCACUCAGCCCAGUAAGCAUCAUUACUGACUUGCCUAACACUAAAAUUUGUUGAAAAGAAAACAUCCAUCAUCUUUUGCAUAUCCAUCAUGACUAUUUAAAUAGUUUAUAAAGAAAAUUCCAUUUUGAGGUUAUCAAAAUGUUUUACCUGAAGGAGUGGAUACGGGAAAAGAGCGCGUAGCAGUGUUUGUAGAACCUAUUUUGCUGAAAGUGGCUGUUACUUGAUAUUCUCUUUCAACAGAUCGUGGGACUGAACACAAAUAUCGGCUUCUUGUCAAAUCUGUGUGAACACAGCCAUUUCAAGGAGGGUGACGUUCACACUGAUUUUAUUAAGGUGGGUUGAAAGAGUUUAUGUUUUCAAACCUUUUAGGUCUUUGAACUUCACUCGUGUCGAGUCAGCUAAAAAAGUGCUGUGUCAUCUAGCAACUUAGAGCUGACACGCGCAUGCGUAGGUAUGACUUUCUUGGCAUCGACAAAAUCGAUCUCAUAUAAACGAAUAUGAACUUGGUGACUCUGAGUCAGUUGCUUUUGUUUACAUGUUAAUUUUCAUAGUAAGGAUAAAAGCCAGAAUAACAAGAGUUGUACUUUUUUCCGAUUUUUUAUCCGUCGUAUAGCAGUGUUCUUUAAUAUCUGCUCUUUACAAUCUUCAGUAGUUUCUGAAAUCUUCGUCAUGCAACCUUAGGAAGUUAUCGGAUUACCUUCGUCAAUUAUCGGAAGUCAUCGUAACAUCUUCGAGACUUUUCGGAAAUUGUUCUAACAUUCUCGAAAGUCCUGAUAAUGCGCUAUUGGUGAUAAAGUCAUCUAUUUUUCGUUCAGUUUAAUUAUCUGCACUUAAAAUUCCCCGCAGCAACAUUAUCAAGACCUAUUCCCAGUAAAAAAACCGCUGAGCCACGAAAUACUGGCGCAAGCAAGCUUGGGACUCUUAUUACUCGAGAGACAGGAGCAGGAAAAACGAGCUGCGCUCUCUUCUGGUGAGAACAUCUAUGUUGACGCAUUGUAUGCACCUCAUGAGAUGUUACGGACGUUUUGGCUUUCAGCAUUGUUCAUUGUACCUCUGUCGGUGCUGGCAAAGUACCAGGCAGGUGGAGAGGAGAGGUGACGCUAACAUCGCUUGUUUUUAUUCGCAAGACGGACUUCGCCGAAAAGCAAGGACUGCUCGUAUGCAUACGCAUACACGCAUACGCAGUCGCAUACGCAUGCAUAAUGUUGUAUAUAGUUUAUAAAUAAUAUUGGAAUUGUAAUAUAGCAUAUUUUAUUUUAUUUAAGCUUAUUUUCUCGAAGAUAUUAGCUCUACAGCUACACUGAAUUUCGAGCAUAAAUAAAGUAUAUGUAUGUACGUAUGCUCGUAGUCUAAACUUUCUUCAGUUUAAAGUAAAAUCGCGGAGUUUUCAAUCCAACUCGAAUGUGAAAGAUAAAAAAUGAAAACGUGAUAUUCUCGUUCACAUCUUGAUGAUACUAUAUUUCGCUUUUAUAUUUUAUUUAUUUUAGCAUAUUCCUGAUUUUUCUGCUUAUCUUUGCAGAUCCGUUUUCAGUGUGGAAUUCUAAUGUGAGCUUCAGACUCAAUAAUGUUGCGAAGAGAAAAAUACGACUUGACGAUGGUGAUAGAAGUAAGGGAACUGAAUUUUGUGUAGCUAGUUUUGCUCAGAAUUUAAGAUGUUGAAAAUGUUUUUGUACUGGUUUACUGUCAUUCAAAUAGGUAAAGGGAUCUGGAAGAAGAUAGAUUAAAAAAAAAUUAUACUGAAAAAUCCCCUGACCGUAAAAGUUUAACAGCCCGUUAAGAGUAAGUCACUAUGUACCAGAAAUUUAUCUCUUGUUUUGUCAAUGAAGGAAAUCGCGGUAUUUUUAUUAAGUAACUUCUUGCUUCGAUCCUGAAAUAUGAGUGUUACACCCUGCCCAACCUUAAAUGAUACGCUAAACCGUAAUUUAUAACGCGAUCAACACAAUUGAUAGCCUUACUGUAAAUCGUGAGGCAAACGAUUAAACGUUCAUUUUUCUAAAAAAGCCAUGAUGAACAACAACAUUCUCUAGGACAUAAACCGUAUUUUUUUGCUUUUGUUUCAGAGGUUUACAUCAUUGUUUCCUACAACAAGGAUGGAACUUAUAACUUAGAGGUAAGUGUAGAAGAAGCAGUAUGUCUGACUUUAUAACAUCGAAACAAGGAAUGUUUUAAACUAGGCUUUGGACAAACUUUUGUCUUUUGAAAACGUUUGCUAUUAAAUAAAAUUCAUAUUUUUGUAUUUUUAACUAACCAGGAUUUUCUCCUUAUUUAACCAAAAUUUAUAAAGAAAAAUAUCAAUUUGGGGAUAAUUAGUUGAUCCUAUAUAAAUUCUCUGAACUAACAUUAUAAGAAUUGGGUUGAACCAAAAAUUUUUGAUCUGGGAGUUUAAGGGUUGUUAACUGGAGAAUAACGAAGCAUCUUGUGGCCAUUUUUACAACUCGGCCAUUCCUAAGUCCCAGGGUGGAGCUUUUUGUAAUGGGGAACUUCCACUCGGAGACUAAAAUAUAUUCAAUACAAACUUACUGUGAAAUCAGGUUCUAAAUGUUUCUAAUCUUAUUUUGUGUUGCAUAGAUCGAUGGCCGUCGCAUGCACGUUAAAGGCAAGCUACAGACAGAAGAAUCACGAGUCAGCCUCACAGCCAAUGUGGAUGGACGUGUCUUCAAGUCUUGGCUUGUUGACUUGGAGGGAACCCUGCACAUAUUUACCAAGGUACAUGAACGAAUUGGAAUUUGGCUCGCAGCACUAGUUAUUGCGGUAGCUUUAGUAAUGCAAAGUUACUCAUGAAGUAGUUUUAACUGGAUGCCGAAGGUAAUCCGGGUUUUCACUGGUUUUUCUUUAAUGCGCUUUGUAAUUGGUUCAGAGACACGCGCCAUAUCUUCUCGACCAAUCAGUGCAAAACUAAAACAAAUCGCCGUGUGGUUGUCCGCGUUUUCUCGCGCUUAAGGCUUAUUGCCUAAUUGCCAGUAGCGAUUGUCAAACGGCAAGCUGAAUAUUACAUUUUGGUUCCUAUCUCAGGAUGGCUGUCACAAAUUACAACGCCCUGUUCCCAAGUUCUUGAGGGGCGGUCCAUCAGCUGUCUCCCUAGGUUCUGCGGUAGCACCAAUGACAGGCACUGUUGUAAAGGUACGUUACGCGAUACUUUCUCUUCCCCCCACCUCUUCCUCAUUUUGACUGUCAAUUUUUGGAAGACAAGUAAGGUUACAAUUAUUAGGCAAAACCUCUUCGAAAAUGUUCUUUGAGCCUUACUGGAGCAUUGACUCUCUUUAAGUCCUUUUUUUCGGCGAAAUUCGUGUAGUGUUAAAAGAUGAAAAAUAUCGCUUAACUAUUCAAGAAGCGAAAUAUUUUGAAGACCUUAAGUUUCAUGUACGCAAUCUUCGAAAUUCCGACCUCACCCGUUUCGGGUGUCUCUUCGGCUCCGUUCGGAAGGGAGACGCUAACGACGAAGAACUUCCGAAAACCGUCGAGUGGAAUAGAAUUGGAAUCAUUGGAUUCUCACGUCUGCAGUUUUUUUUUCAAGCAUGGUAAAAUUAUCCUCUGCUGUUGGUAUGACACGCUAUUAUUUUAAUAUCUGGCGCAGGUUUUCGUGGAGCCAGGACAGACGGUCAAAGAGGGCGAGACGCUAGUUGUCAUGGAAGCUAUGAAAAUGGAGGUAAGGAAGAUUUCUGUUUUUGCCGCUUGUUCUUACUAAGACUGCAGUAAAAUUAAAGGGUGAAGAGGGAGGGGAGGGAGGAAAAAUGAUAAAAGAAGAGGAUAGGCCUUAAAGCAACGCUGCUCAGCUGUGAGCUGCAUGACCUGAUUACCCUUUCACCGCUUAAUAGUAAGCAGUCUGUAUCCAGCGCUGGAAAUUCAAUUUAAUUUCUUUGCCCGCAUUUUCGUGCGUUUCGAAUACAUCUUUUGUUUUGUGUAUGCCUUCCCGCUUAAUGGUAAGAAAACCAAUUGUAAACUGUUUCCAGCGCUGGAAAUAUAGUCUAGGUCAUUUCAUUUUCUUCGUCGCUGGAUUGGCUCAAAGAAGUGUCCUUGACGCGACUGGUGAGAAAGCGUUGUGAAAAAAUUCUAACGUUUGAGAAGCUGAGAGCGAAAAAUGCUUGUGGUUUUCGAGGAAUUACUAUAUUUUUUGCUUUUUUUGCAGCACAUAAUUCGGGCCCCGAAAUCUGGUGUGAUAGAAAAAGUGUUUUACUCUUCUGGCCAAGCUGUGAACAGGCAUGCGCAGCUAGUAAAAUUCCAGGAACAGGGAGAGGAACAAAAAUCUGAAGACGACGACGAGGAAGGACCUGAGGCCGAGUGAAAAAAAAUUGACAUCGCGCGGACUGGCCUGGUGGCUGGUUACGAUUGUUAGAGGCAACUCCAAAGUUAAUAUUACGUUACAAAGAUUUGAAUCACCGAAUUGCGGUUGUGGUCGUCAAUUUGAUGAGACAGAUUGAUGAGAAGUACUAUAAAUUCCUCGUUUUCUUCAACGGAGUUCUGCAAUAUCGCAGAGGGAAAGCUUUGUUAUUUCGAGGGAAGUGGUCAAUUUGUCACACAAUACAACAAAGUCACGGUUACCGUGUCGUCUCUUUCGAGUGUGUACCGUAAGUGGACUGGGGCGAAUAUGCGGUGCGAGGCAUUGGAACUUGCAAUUACUUAAAAAAUUUGAAUCUAAGAAGACCAGAGUAGGUUAUUGCUCUCGGUGUGUAUUUUAAACAAGCAGUGCUCCUAAAGGAAAUCUGAAUCAAAGAAGAAAACCUAUAUUUUUAAUGGUAAUGUAUUUAAACUGUAACUUAACUUUCAUUUCUUGCGCAAAAUAAUGACAUGAAUAUACAAAUGUAGGCAAAAUUAUUUUCCUAUUUAAUCAAAUGUUGGCUUUAGCUUAUCCGUCAAAAACGUGGAUUGAACAAGACAAGUUACAUUUGGCAUAUUGGUAUCGGAACUGGGUGGAGUUUGUUGCAAAAACUCAGAGGAUGACGUGUCACUGAUUAAAACAAUUGGGAAGCUUCUUAAUUUUCCAUCGCAAGAAAUUGUUUAAAACAUAAUCUAAAGUGAAAUCCGAAUUGCGAAACUGAAAUGCAGCUGAG